AUGGCGAAAAAGAACAUAUGCAUUGGCACUUGGAACGUAAGAUCACUAAAAGAUGAGGGAAAACUAGAAGUGUUGGUAAACGAGAUCUCUACCAUCUCUUGGAAUGUUGUGGGAGUUUCAGAACUUAGAUGGACUGGCAUUGGAGAAACGAGCACAGAUGAUGGACACAAGUUGUGGUACAGCGAAUUUGCCAAAAGACAUCACUUAGUUGUGGCUAAUACUCUCCAUAAUCAUAAACUAUCGAGAAGAACAACGUGGCAUUCACCAGAUGGAGUCACACAUAAUCAAAUAGAUUAUAUUCUUGUGGACAGAAGAUUCCAAACUGGAAUAAACAGACCCAAAACGAGAACUUUAAAAAAAACGGAUAUUGGUAGUGAUCACGACCCAGUUAUGAUGACAUUCAGAAUGCGACAUUCUAAAGAGAAGAAGGUUUCGCAGAGAUGCACAAAGUUUGACUUGGAAAAGCUGAAAGACAGGGAAGUAGCAGAAAAGUAUAGAAGCUCACAAAUGGCGGGGAGAUUUGCACCACUCUUGCUGCUCACAAAUGAAGAACCACAGCAGCUCUGUGACCAGUUCACUGAUAUAACUUUCAACACAGCAAAUGAGAUUUUAGGAAAAGCCAGACCAAUUAAAAGACCACGGAUAACACCAGAAAUCCUACAAAAGUGUGAAGAAAGAAGAGAACUAAAGAAAAAUAGAUUUACCAACAAUGAAAGUCUGGGCCAGUAUAGAAAGGCAAACAAGGAGGUAAAAAGAGCUAUCAUCAAAGCAAAAGAUAAUUGGGUUGAAAAACAAGCUGAAGAUAUUGAACAAAGCUUAGCAGUAAACAAUUCUAGAAAAGCCUAA